CUGGCUGCUGCUGGUUAGCUGAGAGGGCUGGGUUUGCUCUCCAGACUGCAAACGGAUUUUUAAACACAGACAGGACCAGGAGCGGACACGAGGCUGCGGGCUCGAGACUGUGAUCCUCGCGGCCCGGCGUCCUGACGUCAGUUCAUAAGGAGCCAGCAGCAGAGCCGGGCGGCAGGCAGAUAACAAGGGCUGAAGAGAGAAAGGGAGAGAGGAGCCGGGCCAUGCUGAACUGAUAUUCUCCAUAUUCUGACGAGCGAUCUGUGACUGAUCACAACCUGAGGAGAAGAGGGGGGGGUCCCAAUCCGGAGAGUGUAUGCGUGUGUGCAGCUAUGGGGAAGGACUACUACAAGACCUUGGGCAUUCCCAAGGGCUCCAACGAGGAAGAGAUCAAGAAGGCGUACCGGCGCAUGGCGCUGCGCUUCCACCCUGACAAGAACAAGGAUGCCAAUGCUGAGGAGAAGUUCAAAGAGAUCGCAGAGGCCUAUGAGGUCCUCAGCGAUCCCAAGAAGAGGGUGGUGUACGAUCAGCUAGGAGAGGAAGGUUUGAGAACAGGAGGCAGCAGCUCUUCGGGUGCCCCUGGCAGCUCGACGUACCACUACACCUUCCAUGGAGACCCCCAUGCCACUUUCGCCUCCUUCUUUGGGGGCUCCAACCCCUUUGACAUGUUUUUUGGCUCCAACCGCAGCCACAGCCGCUCCAACGGCUUCUCCUUCCACAACGACCACGAUGCAGAUCAGGACAUGGACAUGGACGAGGAUGACCCCUUUGCUCAUAUCGGGAGACAGUUUGGCUUUCCGACAGGUAUGAACAAUGGCUUCCCGGGGGAGGGCCGCAGGAGGAGGGGGGUGCCAUCAGAGCGUCUGGGGACGGGGCGAAAGCACCAGGACCCUCCAGUGGUCCACGAGCUGAAGGUCUCGCUGGAAGAGAUCUUUCACGGCUGCACCAAGCGCAUGAAGAUCACCCGCCGCAGGCUGAACCCGGACGGGCGCAGCAUGAGGACAGAGGACAAGAUCCUCAACAUUAUCAUAAAGAAGGGCUGGAAGGAGGGGACCAAGAUCACCUUCCCAAAGGAGGGGGACGAGACCCCGGAGAACAUUCCUGCCGACAUAGCCUUUGUGCUUAAAGACAAAGGACACGUCCACUUCAAGAGAGACGGUUCCAAUAUCAUUUUUAACUGCAAGAUCAGUCUAAAAGAGGCAUUGUGUGGCUGUACAGUUAGCAUUCCCACGCUGGAAAACCGCAUCAUCUCGCUCCCGUGUCAUGACAUCAUCAAGCCAGGGACGGUGAAGCGACUCAGAGGAGAAGGCCUGCCUUUCCCCAAGAACCCGUCACAGCGAGGUGACCUCAUCGUGGAGUUUUCUGUCCGUUUUCCCGACAGGAUCCCCCCUCAGUCUAGAGAGAUCAUCAGACAGCACCUUCCCCAGUCAUAGGAAGACUCACCUUUAACGCCUCAAGCACCACACACUCCAGACUAAAAGGCCCUAACCCAGAAAACCAGCCCUUACUACUACUACUACAAUUUUUAGUAUAAUUCCCCUUUCCACUUCCAGCCCCAUGUCCUGAGUUAAUGUACGCAGCAUUAAACAGACACUGUAGUUUGUAGGGACUUCACAGUGGGAGGAUGAAGGAAGAAUGCCGAGACGAAUGGCAGUAUCAGGAUGUGAUUAUUUGUGUUUGUUUUGUCUCUUGGCCCGAACGCGCACACACACACACACACACACACACACGCACACACACACACACACACACACACGCACACGCACACACACAGGCACCCAAACAGUGGAGCGGUGCUGAGGAUGGGCUCAGCACAAUCGUGGCUUUUACUGGUCUUUUCUUAACUCUGUUUUUUACAGAUUUAUCAGUGGUUUUAUAUACUGUUCCUCUGAUCCUUGUCUUUUUGUGAUAGGAUGAAGCGUGAGAUAUUUUUUAAAAAGACACAUUUUUUCCAGGUUUUUCUUUUGCAAGGGAAGUAUCACAAUAGGAUUAUUUAUUUUUACCUUGAGUGUACCAGCAGCUUCAGUGUGUUCAGUGCAAACCCCGAGUUUAACACAGUCCCUUCCCCCACCUGCCACCUGCUUUUUCAUGUUUUCAGUCUGAUAGAGCAUUGUGCUUGAAUCCUGUAGACUGUUUAGUAAGAUCGGUCUCCUAAAAUCUGUUGUACUCCGAUUUGUGCAACACCACAGCGCACUUAAAGUCCUGCGUUUCUUCAAAUAAUAGCGAAUCUCAGCUGCGUUGGAAAAUCUGGGAAUGACAAUCACAUACUGUAACAGCAGUGUAAGCUUGGAUAAUACAAUCUGCACAUGAUAUGGGUGCUUUCCCUUCUGUACUGAAUAGCCUGGCUCGCUAUCUGAGGGACAUUUAGGUGCCUUAGCCCAGUGUCAUACCACAUAUGUGAACACACACACACACACACACACACACACAUAGGUCACACUGUAAUAUACACAACCAGCCAUGUUAACUGCACAACAGACGAUGCCCUAUGCUGUGUCAGACAUUGCCAUUGGGAGCUGGUGAAAAAAACGCAAGUAAGCAAUGUAAAGUCAAUCACCAUAUUGUACUGUAAGUAAGCAAGGACAUUUUUAGGGAGAGAUUUGAUACAAAAAUGCUGAAUUUUGCCAGUGCAUCCCUGUAAAGUGCCGUACAAGUACAGGUUGGAUUUCCCAGAGGAAUAAAAGCAUUAAUCUAAAUUAGUAAAUAAUUCAGAUUUCUCUGGGAAACCCGGCCUUGUUGUGUAUAUUCUGCUUUCUCUUGUGCCAUUUGAAGGCCAUGUCUCGGUGCUACUGUGAGCAGUGCCAAAAAUAGACACCCUUGGUGUCUACUUAUUGGUUUCAUGGUUUCAGUUUGUGAUUUGAUAACUUGCUUCUGUCCUCUGUAACAUGUGUACAUUGAACUUUACAUCUGUUUUUUCAAGUAGAAAACCCUGUUUAGGAUACAGGUUUUGUAAUAUUGCAGCAGCCAUUCUCUGUCUCAGCUGCAGGGGGCUCUGAACGCUCUCUUCCUACUGUAGUUUACAGCAAUGAUAAGAUGUAUGUGUGCGUGUGGUCUCUGCAGGCAGCACUAGCAGGUCAUUUAGAACAUUUGUGUGGGAAAAUGUUUGAAUGCAAGAUGUUGAUUAAUGCACUUUUAUGUCGUAAAAGGUACUGAUGAAUCUGAGAUGAUAGGAGCGACCUGAAUGACUUGUCUGAGUGUGUGAGCGUAUUUGCCUCUCAGAGCCUCUGAGGACGCUGGACUGUGGCUGCAACCAGAGAGUGCUGCUGCUUCUGAAAGACACUGUCACUGCUUAUGAGCAUCUGACAAUAUUUAUCAUAUUUUCAAAAUGGCAACAAAUAAAAACAAAAUGUGUGAACUUAA